AUGGAGUGGCUAUUUCAGUGCCUACGUCGCGACCGCGAGAAACCUACCGUGUUGAUCAGUUUGGCAUUGAUCGGAUAUCACAUGGGUCUGGAGUUUAUCAAUCGAGGUUUUCUCACCCAGUUGUUACCGUUGAUUCAGUCUUAUUUGUCUGUGCAGAAAGAAGGACGUAAUAAGAAACGUUCGGCCCCAUUGGAGACUGCGGCGAUUCUCAGCAUCGGUAUACUGGUCAAAUCAUUGGGUUCGGCUCUGCAUGAACCGAUCAAACAGGUUUUGGAUGCUAUGGUCACUUCUGGUCUGAAUCAACCGUUGAUUUCCACAUGCAGAUUGAUCACGGAGCACAUACCUCAAUUGCGUAAGGAGAUCCAGGAUCGUAUUCUCAGUGAUAUCAGCCUCGUCCUUAUGCACAACAGCGGGUCGAGUUUUGGACAAACCCAGAACUCACAGCCUGGCAACACAGUACCCACAGUUUUGUCGUUUAUCCCCAAUUUGCCUGGUGCACUGACAAGUUUGAUCGGACCUUUGAUUGGGGCGACAAACUCAUCCUCCAAUCAGGCCGUUCCGGCUUCCGGAUCAACUGGGACACUGGCGGGGUCGGGAAACGUGCCUCUUGGAGGCAAUACAACGAGUUCCAGUGCGACUUCAGCUGUUUCACGUGUGAUAUUCUACACACAUGGAAAAUCUCAUUUAACUCGAACUGCAAACUGUGGCAUUUCAUGUACUACUGCCACUGGUUCUGACCUGGGCGGUGUGUCUUUGCGGUUUGGGACACUUCCGCCCAGUGAAUUAUCGCCUGAAGUAGCUGUGGUGGCUUUGGCUUUGCGAACAUUAGGAAGCUUUAAUUUCGAAGGUCACGCGUUGGCACAUUUCGUACGUCACAUUUCCGAAAAUUUCAUAUCUGUCACCACAUGCGAAGUGAAGGAAGUACGUUUGGAAGCCGUGAAGACUUGUGCUCGUUUGAUGGUGCCUUGGUUAAAGUCUGUCGGUAGUCAUCAAUGGUAUGCACGACCGGCUGUGAAUACAGUGGCUGAUAUUUUGGGCAAAUUACUCACUGUCGGCACGAGUGAUCCAGAUCCGGAUGUUCGUCGAUGUGUGUUUGACUCUAUCGAUCGUGGAUUUGACCCUCAUUUAGCACAAGCGGACCAUCUCCUAUCAUUGUUUUUGGCACUGCAAGAUGAAGUGUUCGACAUCCGUGUUUCGGUGCUUCAGCGUCUCGGUCGUUUGUCCGACAUCAACCCCGCAUGUGUUCAGCCGAAUCUGCGUAAAGUUCUUUUGCAUGUAUGUGAUAAUUAG